AUGCCGCCUCGACGGCCUACUGACUCCGGGCCAGCAGCCUCAGGCACCAGCAAGAGAGCCCGUGCAAAGCAUGCUUGCCGCGAGUGUAAUGCUCGGCGAGUCAAGUGCAAUGUGAUGCAAUGUAACCCCUGCUCCAACUGCGAAGCGGCCGGGACCCAAUGUGAGGUGUUACCCUCUCGUCGAGGGCGGUACAAUAGAAUACAGAAAAGACAGAUUCAAAGCGAUGCACCGGUGCCAACGGCUGUGAGUCCUAGCGUGCAAGGUGGGGAGACGAUUUCGGUCUCCCUUCCUGUUGCGCAGAACAUCACUUCAGACGUGGAACACCCGCAGAACGAGGACGAGCUGAUUACUGGAGCCUCAACAAGCCCAUCGCCGGGGACCAGCACUACCGCUCCAGCAACGCUUUUCUAUGGCGAGUCAAACCCUCUCACACUGAUUCCGGGAAGUGUUCGUCAAGGCCAAAAGCCGAGUUCCAGGGAGAGCCUUCCACAACAGAAGGCUCAACUUCACUUCCCUAUACAUGACACGCCACAGUCUGCAUCGGAACAUGAUUAUCCCGCCAACAUCGAGCACCUGAGUGCCGCGGCGUCACGUUACCUACAAGAUGAAGGUGCUUUGACUCUGCCGGACAUGCAAGGGUGCAUGUCAACUUUGCAAGCCUACUUUACGUGGUUUCAUCCUUGUUUCCCAAUAUUAGACAGGGUAGAGUUCUCACGCAAACUCGCCGCUUCGCAAGCGUCGUAUCUUUUGUUACAGUGUAUGCUCUUCAUUGGAGCGGCGUACUGCGACGAUGCGACCAUCACGUCAAUGGGUUUUAGCAAUCGGGCUGAGGCUAAGUCUCUACUCUACACGCGGGCAAGACUGCUUUUCCAUGCUGACUGGGAAAAGGAUCGGCUCACCUUGAUCCAGUCUUUGUUUCUUCUGAGCUUCUGGCGAGGUGGACCCUCUGAUGUUCGAGAUGUUCGGUAUUGGCUGGGCGUAGUCAUUGGAGUAGCCGAGUCGCACGGACUGCAUCGAUCGACGAGAUUUGUAACCAGCGAUCCCUCAAACGCACGUAUCAGAAAACGCAUCUGGUGGUCUAUUUACGUCAGGGAAAGACAGUCUGCUGCUUCUCUGGGCCUCCCCAGCAGGAUCAGAGAUGACGAUUGCGAUGUUGAGCCGCUGGCUGUGUCGGACCUAGAGACCGAGGUCACCAGCCCAGAUGGCUCACAGUUUGGCUCAUGUAAGCCAGAGCACGUCAACUACGCCAUCAACAUGGUAAACCUGGCACAGAUUCUUGGCCGAGUUGUCGAUUUGCAUUUUGCACCGGGUCAACAGGCCUCGACGCCAGAGCAGCUCAGAGCCGUCGACGAUGUACUCCAAGCGUGGAAGGAAGGACUACCAGAGGAGAUGAAUCGUGGCGUUGAAGACGGGACGGCUUCUGUGUGGGGAUAUUUGCUGCACCUAGCGUAUAAUCAUCUGAGAAUUCUCAUACAUCGACAUAAUUUCAUUAAGCAAGAUGAGAGCGAUAGUUCGGGGCAGAUUGUGGUAGCAGCAGCGACCAAAAUCAGCAGAAUCGCCGAAGACAUGCUGGCUCAGGGAACGCUCCGUUAUGGGCAAAUGCAUAGUGUCACGAGCCUAUUUGCUGCCCUGUGCAUUCACACCAUCAGCAUCAAACAGAAAGAACAUGACGUGUCUCGCCGCAUCGCCGAGAACCGUGCACAAAUAUCUUUUUCUCCAAUACCUCGACGUGUCUAUAGCACAAAGGCUUCACGGGGCUUCUGGUACCCUGAGCACGGCCAAUCCGAAUAG